AUGGAAGUUGUUUUGAGGUUUGUCGAUAAAAGUGGGCAAGUGAAGGAGCGGUUUUUGGGUAUGUCCCAUGUUACUAAUACUUGUGCCCAAUCACUGAAGGAUGCCAUUGAUGCAAUAUUUUCUACACAUGGGUUGAGCGUAUCUACCCUGAGAGGUCAAGGCUAUGAUGAAUCAAGUAAUAUGUCAGGUGAGUUCAAUGGGUUGAAAGCUUUAAUUCUAAGAAAGAACCCACAUGAUAUGUAUGUUCAUUGCUUUGCUCACCAGCUUCAGUUGGCCAUUGUAUUUGUCGCACGUAGGAAUUGUAUGCUUGGUGGUUUGUUUGACAUACUUGUUAUUAUUGUGAAUCUGGUAGGUGCAUCAUGUAAGUGUGUAGAUUCUCUUCGAACAAGUUAUCAAGCUAAUAUUCUGGAGAAGCUUAAUAUUGGGGAACUUAAUGGUGGAAGUGAUCAGUUUCAAGAAAUGAGUUUGGCACACCUAGGUGAUACUAGGUGGGGCUCACAUCUACUGACAAUUACUCGUUUAAUUAAUAUGUUUAAUGCUAUCAUAGAUGUUCUUGAAAAUAUAUUAGAAGAUGGCGUACAUUCAGAUAAAAAAUCUUCAGCCAUAAGACAGAUGAACGCUAUGCAAGAUUUUGAGUUUGUGUUCAGUCUCUACUUUAUGUUUAAAAUUCUUGCAAUUACAAACGACCUUUCACAAGCCUUACAGAAAAAGGAUCAGGAUAUUCAGAAUGCAAUAAGACAUAUUUUAGUGCCCAAUAUGGAAGAUAUUAUAGUAGUGAAAGGUCGACCUAGGCGUGUAGCUCAUCCAAGAGAUUCAUUUGCAACUUUUGAUAAGAAUAAAUUGCUACGUCUUGCUCAGUUCUAUCCUUUAAACUUCAAUAAUGAAGAGCUUUUAUUACUUAGACCUCAGCUUGAUAAGUUUCUUUUGCUUGUGAGAAUGGACGAAGUUUUCUUUAAUCUCAAUAGCAUAUCUAGUAUAGCUCAGAAGUUGGUUGAAACUGGAAGUUCCUGUUAUUUUUCAUUGGUUUAUAAGCUGCUCACCUUGGCAUUGAUAUUACCUGUGGCAACUACAAGUGUUGAAAGGGCAUUUUUUGCUAUGAAUCUAAUCGAGAGUGAUUUGCGCAACAAAAUGGGAGAUGACUAG